AUGUUUACCUUGCAUGUGCUUGAUAACUCCCUGCAUGGCCCUCUAAAGGAGCUCAUUAUUUUCUUUGAAUGUCCAUUCUCGGAAAGGGUGUGGUCUUGUAUUAAAGGUAAAAUCAAUGUUGAUUGGCCAUCCCUCCUUUGGGAUGAUUUGGUCCAGCUCAUUGCUAAAUCUGUGAAAGGGAAAUCCCUAGUGGCUAUUAUUACCAAGCUUGCAUUUACUUGUACUGUGUACCAGUUAUGGGUUGCUAGGAAUAAUAGAGUGUUUAGUAAAGAUAUGGUCCCUGAAGAGGUUGUUAUUAAGUGUAUUGUGGAUAUGGUUAGAUUCAGGGUAAUGCAUAUUACCAAUUUGAAGACUAACCAUAAUGACAGAUGGUAUCUUAGCUCAUGGAAAUUGCCUCAUACUAUGCUGAAGCGUGCUGCUGCUGAUGUGAGGAUUGAGAGUUCACAAAAUGUGGGUUGA